CUUUUCAUUUGGAAAUAAUCUUUUUCCUUUCAUUCAUCCUAAUUUGCUUUCUUCUUUUUCCACACAAUUUAAUGUAAGAUAUCAAAUGCAGGGCAUUUGGGAGUGUUUGUAGUUUUUUGCCCUGCAUGAUAUGAGUGCUUGAUUCUUCUAUUCUUAGCUUCAACUCCUCCACAUAACAAGCAGCAAAAUCAAUCAACCGUAACGAUCCCAUGUCAGGAGGACCUCCUUCAGCUUCUGGGAAUGGUUCUUUUAAACAAAAACUCAGGAGUUCUUUGUCAAGAAAAGGUAGGCGUAGUAGUAAGGUCAUGUCUGUUGAAAUCGAGGAUGUUCACGAUGCUGAGGAGUUGAAAGCCGUUGAAGAGUUUCGUCAAGUUCUUGUAGCGGAAGACCUCCUCCCUGCAAAACAUGAUGACUAUCAUAUGAUGCUUAGAUUCCUAAAGGCUAGGAAAUUUGAGAUUGAUAAAUCAAAGCUGAUGUGGUCUGAUAUGUUGAAAUGGAGGAAAGAAUUUGGUGCUGACACUAUUGGGGAGGAAUUUGAAUUCAAUGAAAUUGAUGAAGUAAUGCAAUAUUAUCCACAUGGACAUCAUGGAGUAGACAAAGAUGGACGACCUGUGUACAUAGAAAGAUUAGGACUAGUCGAUGCGACUAAGAUGAUGCAAGUCACAACCAUGGAUCGCUAUAUAAAAUACCAUGUAAAGGAGUUUGAGAGGACAUUCGAUGUAAAGUUUGCUGCUUGUUCAAUUGCUGCCAAGAAGCACAUCGAUCAAAGUACGACUAUCCUGGAUGUGGAGGGAGUGGGGCUUAAAAGCUUCAGCAAACAUGCUAGGGAACUUGUUACUCGCAUUCAAAAGGUCGACGGAGACAACUAUCCAGAGACCUUGAAUCGCAUGUUCAUCAUCAAUGCAGGUUCUGGAUUUAGAAUAUUGUGGAACACUGUAAAAUCCUUCCUUGAUCCAAAGACCACAGCAAAAAUCAAUGUUCUUGGCAACAAGUAUGAUACUAAGUUGCUUGAAAUAAUUGAUGCAAGUGAGUUACCCGAGUUUUUAGGAGGUACAUGUAAAUGUGCUGAUGAAGGAGGAUGUAUGCGUUCGGAUAAGGGACCAUGGAAAGAUGCCGAAAUAAUGAAGUUGGUUCAGAUUGGUGCUCACAAAUGUUCAAAAAAAUCUGCGUCUCAGAUUGAGGAAGAAGAGAAAACAAAUUCUGAGGACCCAAAGACUCCAAAGACUCCCAAGACUCCAAAGACUCCAAAGACUCCCAAGACUCCCAAGUUGGAGGCAAAUGUCACCGCAGAAGCUUCUCCAGUUUGCGAAGAGGUCCCUGCUGCUAAAGCUUCUAAGCAAGAGGAUGUAACCCCGGCGGUGGUUGAUAAAAAACCUUCUCAUAAAAAAGUUGAGGAUAAAAAAGUUGAGGAGAGUGACCCAAUGGCAACAUCAAAAGAGUUUGUGACUGUCAUGAAACGCAUGGCUGAGUUGGAAGAUAAAAUGUCAAACAUUAAUCAUCAGCCUGCAUUAAUGCCACCUGAGAAGGAGGAAAUGCUAAAUAAUACUAUCAGUCGAGCUGAUUUAUUGGAAAAAGAACUCCAGGCCACGAAGAAGGCUUUAGAGGAUUCACUGGCUAAACAAGAGGAGAUUUCGGCUUAUGUUGAGAAUAAAAAGCAGAAUAAAAGAACGUGUUUUUGUCUAUGGUAAGUUAAAAAUGUGGAUGCUCAACAAAGCAUAUGAUGUCCAGAGAUUAGCAAGGGAUUGACUUCCACAUUCUGCCUUUCAUGAGACUUCCCAAAUGCCCUUUUACAUAAAUAUUCCAACCAACAACAUGUUAACUUGUAAACUUACAAAACUUUGACAAGAAGAAAAGGAUAUGCUCAAUAUAUGAUUUAUGCAAAUCAGAAUUUUUGUGUUUAUUAGGGUAAGAUUAAUUGAUUUCUAUGUAGUAUAUAUAGGAGCUAUGCACAUUAUGCAAAGCAGUUCUAUAUUAUGUACACAGGAAUCAAUAUCUUGUGUACAAAAUUAGAGAGUAUGUUUUUAUUUAUGUGAAAAUUUUACUCACACAAAAGAGCUAUCCUUUUUGUCAAAGAAAAAAAAAGGCAUCAGUACUAUAUGGAGGAAUAGUUGAAAAAGACAUCAUGGUGAACUAUUCUCUUGCCCUCUUAAUAAUGAAAAUAUAAUAUUUUAACAACAAAAAAAUGUAUUUUUAGAAUUAAUUUUUCUCUUUUUAGUUUUUUUAUUAGAAUGUUAUGGAGAUACAAAAUAGAUGAA